AUGGAUUUGCCAUUGACUGACACCCUAAUGUCCAACAAUUGUGGCCAGCCCUUCCCAACGACACCGGGUUGCUUCGUCGGCACCUUGUCCGAGUGGAAUCCUCGCACAGAACAGACCACCAAUCCAUUACUCAUAUAUAGCCAUGAAGAGAUAUAUAUUGGACGAGACAGGAGGAGAUGCCAAUAUAUCAUCGAGAAUCCGUUCAUCUCCAACAAACACCUUCGCAUCUACACUGUUAUCUUCGAUCAAGAAAGCCCACUAGAAGUUGCACCACUAAUCUACGCUCAAGACCUUUCGAUGAAUGGCACAUUGUGGAAUGGGUAUCAGAUGGGUAAAGGGAGUGGCAGUUUUCUUCUGAGCAAUGGCGAUACGCUGAGAUUAUCACCGAAUGUCUACCUCCAGUUUCAGUGCAAACGUCAUAAAGAAGAAAGCUAUUUUGAUAUGUUACAGAGGAUUGAGAUGAAGGAAUUCAUGGACCAGUACGUUGUUACGCAACGAAUGCUAGGUUCAGGGGCGUUUGGACAGGUCCAUAUGGCAUUCAACAAGGAGACUGGACAGCAGCUUGCGUGUAAAAUCGUUGAUCUCCGAGCUGUACGAGAUAGGGCUGUUGAGCAGGUAGAGGAAGAGCACUCGAAGUUUUUCAUGCAGCCUUGCGGGUCUACAGCCAACAAGAAGGCUAUGAAUGCGAAAAUUGUUGCCAUACGUGAAAUGAAGAACAAGAAGAUACAGGAGAAGCUCAGCAUAUAUAAUCGGGAAGCUAAGGUUUUGGAAACUCUCAGCCAUCCAAAUAUCAUCAGUGUAGAGAAGGUGAUUAAAUCGAGCAAUACCAUGCAAGUGAAGAGAAACGGAGACUUGUUUUCGUUUAUCCAGCACAAGGGCGGAAAGCUCGGUGAUAUCGAGUCUGCAGUGAUAGUUCGACAAGUCCUGAUGGCAUUGGACUACCUGCAUGACAGAGACAUUGUCCACCGUGAUCUGAAGCCAGACAAUAUUCUCAUGACAUCUUUGGCAGACGGAUGCAGGGUGGUCCUCACUGACUUUGGAUGUGCCAGACCUGUGAAAUCCACCAUUGAACGGAUGUCGACGAUGGUCGGCACAUUUGAAUACAGUGCUCCUGAAGUCCUCAAGUCAGACAAACGAGGCUAUACAAAAGCCGUCGAUCUAUGGUCCAUGGGCUGUGUUACCGUUGUGCUUCUCACAGGCGACUCGGCCUUUAAAGACCCAGUGACUUGCAGUUAUUCCGUUGAACUCGCCCAAAAGGGUGAUCUAGACAAACUCGAGACAGACAUGGACUGGGACAAAGUCGGUAAGCGUGCAAAAGACUUUGUGCGCAAGCUUUUGGUCCUGGACGAAACCAAGCGUAUGGAUGUCAAGCAUGCUUUGCGCCAUUCCUGGUUUACGAACCCAGCUCACAGACGCGAGUUCGAGGCACUUUAUCAACGUUCAAUUAAAGACUGGAAGCCCCGUGUACACAAGGGUCCUCUGGUUGUUGAUCUGAGCAGUCUCAUAAAGAUAUCAGAGAGCCCUAAGAGUGGGCAGAGUCAGUAUGAGCAGGUCCGUCGACUUGAUUCUUCCGAAGUAGAUGUUGAGCAAACGAGCCAGCCUUAUGAUGUGGCAUCAUUAACUACGAGUACAUCAUCCGUUUCCACGUCGUCGAUCAAACUUGGAAACUGUAUGUCUCACUGUCGUACCAGAUUUUCGCCCACGCUUUCAGACCCAGAACUUCCUCCACAUCACAGGGUCGAGAAUAGAAAGAGAAACACACCAGAGUCUCUGCGAGACGGUAAAACCAACGCCUCUGAUUCAUCAUCUCAAGACCAAAUCCCAUCUAGCACAGACGCGUGGAUAAAUGACAACAAGACUGUAGAACCCGGUCUCGAAAAGGCACAGAAAAUGGAACAAGGGGAUCAGCCCAAGCCUGUCUCACCUCGACUCCCAGCCGUACAUCACCGCGAGCACCUCUGGCCGACCGAAUACGAAUCAUUCGACCAAAGAACAAUAAAUCAUGGAACUGGAGGCGAAUGCCCCAAAAGUGAUACACGGGAUGAUGAGUUUGGAGAUGAAGUUUAUGAGGAGGUUAGCCACAGCAUAACAGGACAGUGGCAGCAUAUCAUUUACGGGACGGGUAUGUUUUAGAUAAAGAAUAGAUCAGAAUAUGUGGUGAGUAUUAUGAAUUAUCUCAGGGACCAAAGUGGUCAGACGGAGUGUAGAUGUUGUCCAAAUAGAUAUAUCGAUCAGAACCGCUACAAACUCGAGCAAAUUAACUUCAAAAGAAUGCACCUAAAGCGCCAUAAAACCAAUCUUACAUUCCUCGUAUGUAUAAGAAAGUUAGAGUUCCAUGGACUUCCCGCACGAUUGACUUUUAUGCACUGCGAGGCUAAUCAAGACAAGACGACAUGCAGUACCCUGUAGGUACUACUAGGUAGACAAAGAAAAGCAGUGUACGAGUGAGUGGUACAAAAAUCCGCCACCAUAAAUUAGUAAAAC